UGCCAUCUUCUUUCUUUCUUUGCCGGGGCGCGCACGCCAGCGGCCGCGUCGUCAAGAUCCUCGCCUUCUUGCCACGAUCUCGCGCUCCACUCCAUCGAUUCAUCCAGCGAUCCCUCGAAUUGGCUGCUUGGUUCUCUGCAGAUCCGCGGAAUUUGGCAGCGGGCUCGCGGUCGCCGCGGGAACCAUCGGCCAUAGCUGGGAGAGCAGCUCCUCCUCUCCCGGCGAGGAGCGAAGAAUCGCGAGUGAGAGGAGGUCACUGCAGUCACAGGGAGGGUAAUAUCGAUUGAUCGAUAGAUCGAUAUUUCGCGCAGAUUCACCGCGGCGAGGGCUAGAUCGCAGCGUGCAAGAGCUCCGCGCCAUGGUGGCUGGGGCGAUGAGCCUCGCCCCAAAUGCCAAGAACAGGUUGAAUCAAUCGGCGAGUAUAAGCAGCCUGGGCGAGGGAGAAGCAAAGAGGCGCGAUCCCUGUCGUGGUCAUGGCAGGAAGGAUAGCUUUGGCGCCAGCGACGAUCGCCAUUCUCGCGAUCUAGAAGAGCAAGAACAAGAAUGCUGCAUGUGUGGCGAUGUCGGUUUCUCCAGCGAGCUCUUCCGUUGUAGGAAAUGCGUCUACCGAUUCCAGCACACGUACUGCAGCCGAUUCUAUCCAGGCAGUCCCAGCCAAGAUAUCUGCGAUUGGUGCUCUCAGGAUCCAAAUCCCUCCACUGGCAGUAGCAGCGCUGGUACCUCGAGCACCAAAUUGAGAGGAGUGUUAAAACUCGGUGGCAGCAGCAUUAUCGGUGGUGGUGGCGGCGCUAGCAAAAGGAAGGUUGCCGGCCAGCUUAUAGGUGAAUCGUUGAGUCCAGCAACAGGAGCUACGAAUUGGCCCAGGAAGGAUGAAAGCGAUCGUGAUACCAGAACCAAGCUCCAAGGCAGCAAUGACACUGGAAAGAAGCGCGACGAGGAUGCGAUGAUAAGAAACUCCACUGGCGCUGGCAGCCCCAGGAGCUCGAUCAAGCAUGGCCACAAGGAUGCGCUGGAGCUGCUGCUCGAGGUGGCCCAGACAGUGGCGGCAGAUAAUGGAGCCAUGGAUCAGACGAUCAUGGGUGGGGAUGCCAUCAAGAAUCCACUUGCGGGGCAGUGCUCCAUCGAUCGCCCGUCCAGCUCCGGGCGGCUCCAAGUUGCAGUAACGACGAGCUCGAGCUCUCCCUCGCCCAAGAGGCAAAAGAUGGCCACCACUACGCCUGGGCAAGCUGGUAUAAGAGGCGAUCAUCAUCACCCUCAUCAUUAUCAUGACAAUGAUCAUCAUCACCACCAGCAGAAGCAGCAGCAGCAACAGCAACAGCAACAGCAGCAUCAUGGCUUCAAGAAUCUGAUCAAAGGUCACCAUGGCGGCCUGAGAAAAGAUAAGCUGCAGCACUUGAGCAGUAACAGGAGCAUUGGCAGGCGAUACAAGCUACUGUCUGAUGUUAUGUGCUAGAUCAUGCAGCCAGGGCAGGGAACCAAGAUCUUCCACACCAAUCAAGAUCGAAGUUGCUGGAAGCUUAUGAUCAAGCAUAAGAUCCUGGGUCUAGAUUUAGAAUUGUGUCAACCAGACAAGACUUAGAGGAGUGCAGCAAUGCUACAUGAGGAUUGUGCAUCUCCUCAAGUUUGCUGCCAGUGGGAGAGCUGUAGAGAUUGAUGUGAAUGCAUGGCUUUCCACUGGAAGAAGAACAAGGAUCAUCAAGCUUGGGUGCUCAGGGAUCCUAAGCUUUUUGUUAUUUCUGUUGCUUAUCCUCACCAUCUUCUUGGUUUCCUUGAAAACAAGUACGAGUUAUGUCUUGUG